GCUGCCCGUCUCCCCCAACUCGCCCGCCUCAUUCUCUUUACUGGCCCAAAUUGUUCCCUUUGUGAUGUUGCAAAACUAGAAUUGGCGAAAGUCAGGCAGUCAUAUCAAUUCGACCUUGAAAUAGUCAACAUACAGGAUAAAGGCCAGGAAAAGUGGAAGAAGAAAUACGUCUACUGGAUUCCCGCGCUCCAUCUGGAUGGGAGGGAGAUAGCGAAAGGUCGCUGGGAUGCCUCCACCGCAGCGGAAUGCGUCGCUGGAAGCUCAGGAGGAAGUUGUCUAGAGAGUAGUCCCUACGGGUCUAAUGUCGCCUGCAACUUUUACAUCGAUACCUCUGGGUCAGCUGGGUUCCAAGAAUUGUCACCGCAGUUAUGCUUUUAUGACAGGCACAUCUCCGGUAUCCUAGGCGAGAACCGCAGUCCAUCCCCUACACUCAUUGAUGCUCGCUUUUGUUUCAACUGCGGCUCACCUGAUCACAUCAUUGGGUCCUGUCCCGAACCGCAUAAUCGUCCCCUCAUCGCGCUGUCGCGACAACUUUUCAACUUUUUGCGCUCUGAUGGGGAAACGAGGGAACCGGGAAGAUUUCAUGUUGUUGAAGCUUGGAAGAAACAACGGCUUGAAUGGUUGGAAUUUUUCCAGCCCGGAAAGGUUGUUGGUCCUGCCUUACGCGAAGCUUUGGGCUUGCAGCAUGGAGACUCAGGUCAUCAGUGUGCAUGGCUAUACAAUAUGUCAUAUUGGGGCUAUCCUGCAGGAUGGAUAAGUGAUACCGAUCCAAGGGAUGCCGUUCGCCAAAGAAUUUUAGGAGACUUCGACACUGUGAUACACGGUCAUCCACUUGAAGAUGCCGAUGACUCCUUCCUCGUAAUUAGUGGCGAAGAGGACCACGAGGUGAUCGACCUAAGUCUUGCAACCUCUGAAUCGGAGCUCCACUCAUUGACACCCCGUAGGUGGGCAACAUACCCCAAUGAUUAUUUUUCCUCAGACCACCUCACUGUCUACAAUGGAGCGACAUUGGUAUCAUCGGACACCGCCACUUCUCGUCCCAGUAAUACUUUUACCGCAGAAAGAAGAGCUCUUUGGGAGCAAAUCAUAUCCGGAACUCAAUCUGCCAAUGCACUUGUUCUUCCUUGGAGAUUACCUGGGGCAUUUUCUUCGUUGCAAUCACACAUCGAGUACCAACCACCUCCACCACCUUCCACCCCCCCUCCACUGCCACCUUCUCUACCUUCACUUCCUCCGCCGCCUGCACACCCUCAAUAUUGU